AUGCCCGCCAACCUCGACGCCCCGCCCGCCAUUCAGCUCAACGGUGCUACCGAGCCCACCACGAUGAAUCCCCAGCCCUCAGUACAGAACUUUGGCGAGCCGGCGCGGCCUGCGGUGCCCACGCGCAAUGACACGACCUUUUCCAAGUUCUCUACCGUGUCCGUGCCGCCGGAAGGGUCUAUAUUAACGGGCAAACAAGAGCACUAUCUCAAGCGCGAACUCAUCUCCCAGCAAACCAAGUACGAAAUCGCCGAACUCUCCUCUCCUACAGCGCUGCGACGUUUUGGCGCGCCCUUUCGCUCAGAUGCCGGCGAAGUUGCGCCAGAAGACUCAGAACUGCCCCUCCUCCGCUACAUAUUCGUAAACCAUGUUCGCAACUUCCCCUUCCUGGACAAGGCCAAGGAGAAGGAGUUCUGGCAGGACAAACUCCAAGUUUUUCUGGAGUCCUUUGCGAGCAAAGACAUCUCAUCCUCGGAAGAUCGGCUGGAAGAGACCAAAAGAAGAAAGUUGGCGCUCAAAGCCGAGAAAUUGGUCGAGCUAAUGAUGGUAUCUGGUAUCCCUACCGCGUCAGGUUACGAAGAAAGAAUACGCUUCGCCGAAAUGGAAAUCGUAGAUAGACAAGCGGACGAGAAGGGACUUACCAUGAACACGCCGAGCGGCCACUCUAUCAACGGUUGGGACGUCAAUGUCUCAGGUGUCAGGACAACCUCCGUGAAGAGACAUCUCCGGUACCACACACAUGCGGAGUACCUCAUACGAGUAAAGCACGAUGGAGACAAAGAUUUCUAUAUUGGCCGUCGAUACGCAGACUUCGUCCAAUUACACAAGCGCAUACGUCUCGAACUUCCCGGCAAAGUACUCGCCCCGUUACCUCGAAAGAACGCAAAAGAUGGGCUUCUACAAUCAAGUGUUGAUGACGAUGAUGUAAGCUCUAUCUCGUCGGGAUCUACCCAAGGGCCACCUCCUCCUGAACCUGAGAAUAGUGGCGGUGGUGGUCUGCGCAGCUAUAUCUUUGGUAGUGGACACAAGAAAAACGCCUCACAAACAUCGCUAGGAAGACGCUCGCCAAGGGCUUCGACGGACUACUCGGCGUACAAGGCCCCUCGGAAACUAUACAGGGAAGAGCAACGUGUUUCUCUACGUGCCUUCCUCCGAUCGUUUCUACACAAUGAGCGCAUUGCCCAAUCGAGUGCCAUGGCCGAAUUUCUGACACGCGAUCCCAUAGAGGUCAACGAGGAGGAGAUGGAAGACAUUCAAAGGCGAGAAGAGAUGGACAAGAAGCGCAUAGAAGAGCAAAGGCAGUUCUACGAAGUUGCGCGCAAGCGAGCAGCGGAGCUUGAUAUCCACAUGGAGAAGUUCAGGAGAGAGAUUGUAGAAGCCAAUGGACUCUCCCACCUGUUCCAGGAGAUCAGGGUCAAGAACACGAUCGCAGAGCUCAAGCCAGAGUACCAAAAGUUCGCAGAGUGGUUACGGAUAGAAGUGGCUGCUACCAUCUACCAUUUGUUCCUAGCGGAAGACAACUCCCCCGAGCUAUUUGCUCAAGCGAAGCGCAUACACUCUCUCGUUCCAUACGGUGUCCUCAAGAACGUCAUUAGGAUAGCCAACCCUGCCGCAGUCAUGAGUGGAGUCCUGGAUCUGUUCCUUGCCCAACCGUUCGGUGCUCGAUCAUUACUUCAACGUAUAUUUGGUAUGGCCAUCAAUGAUGGUGUCAACUCUGUGCAGAAGACAAUCGAUACACUCGGUUCUACCAGGAUCAAGGAUGACGUGCUUUGCGACAAGAUCAAAGCAUACGUACAAGCAGACGAGGGCGUUAAGGAAGCGAUACGACAGGAAGCUGCGCGCGAUAACGUCGAUGUGGUGGUGACUAUACUACGUUCCGAGUUUUUCCAACCAGAGUUAUCUUCGCAACAGGUGGAGAAGGUUUUCAAUGCCUACGUUGCAUGGAACAACGCGGUCGAAAAUGUCGAAAAGGAGAUGCGAUCAGGCGCUGAGCUCUUCGCGCACCUGAAACAGUACUUGAAGCUCUGCCUAAGACAAAGAGAUAAGUUGAUGAUGUUACAAAUCAUCGAAGAGCCCACGACUCUCCAACUCUUCCGAGAUCUAUUCACCAUUUUCUACGAGCCGCUUGUCCGUGUCUACAAGUCCGCGAACGUAUACAACAGUAUUACUGAUUUUGCCAUGUUCGCCGAUGACACCAUUAAGACAAUUGAAGCUUGCCAACGGCAAGAAGUUUCUGCAGACCCCAAUCAAACCGUGCAAGCUUUUAUCGAUCUGUGCGCUCGUCACGAGGGUAACUUCUACAAGUUCGUUCACGAGGUCCACAAACACGACAAUGGUCUUUUUGACCAGCUCAUGGGCUGGUUAGAGGGUAUAUUGGAUUUCCUACGCCAUGGGCCUGGAAGUGGCGGUAAGCUCGACAUGAAUGCACUCUUCCAGGGUGGUAUGGAUUCAAACUUGAUCGACAAGAACAAGGCGAUUCGCGAGAUCAACAGUCUCAUCAAGUGGCAAAUGGCGCGGAAGAAGUGGCAUUCAGACAAGACCAGACAGAAGAUGGCGAGUGGUGGUGACGAUCCUGACCCGCUUAUGGGCGGUAUUGCUGGCUUCAAGUCGAGUGACUUUGGACUCAAUGCGAUGGAUCUUCAAGACCUUGAACUCGAUGAUGAUGGUAGCGACUCGACCGACUCAGAAGACAUGGACGACACAGAUGUAGCAGAUCCAAUCGAAGCCGAGCGCAAGAGCCGAGCGCGCGCUGCUGAGAAGCUUAGGAGAAAGGCUGGCGAACCCAAAAAGCCGGCGAUCGUGGAGCUGUACAAGCUCAGCGAGGGUUUCAACAGCAUGCUCAGGAACGUUCUCGCUUCAUAG